AUGGUGCUGUUUAGCUACGUGUUAACCGGGGUUGUGUUCUUGGUGUCGAUUGCGUACCUGUACCUGCGCAGUCGGCACAACUAUUGGCGAGAUCGUGGGUUCCCGUACGUUCGCGAAAAGCCCCAUCUGCUGUAUGGGCAUAUGGAGAAAUCGUUCACGAAGAAGCAUGCGUCGUAUAUCAACCAGGAUCUAUACAAGGAUCUUAAAUCACGCGGUGAGGCUAUCGGUGGUAUGAGCUUUUUCAUGAUUCCGGGUCUCAUCACGACCGAUCCGGAGCUGGUCAAAACGAUCCUGGUGAAAGAUUUCAACGUGUUCCACGAUCGGGGCGUGUACAACGAUGCCAAAUCAGAUCCACUUUCGGCGCAUCUGUUCGCCCUGGAGGGUCAGGAAUGGCGAGUUUUGCGCCAGAAGCUAACACCAACGUUUACGUCCGGCCGGAUGAAGCAGAUGUUCGGCACCAUUCAGCAAGUGGCCGACGAGUUCCUCAAGUAUAUGAACGAAAACUGUCACCGUGAGAUCGAGAUGAAGGAUGUGCUGGCACGCUUCACGACCGACGUGAUCGGAACGUGCGCGUUUGGGAUCGAGUGCAAUACACUGAAGGACCCAGAAUCAGAUUUCCGCAAGUACGGCAACAUGGUGUUCGAGCAAGACGUUAUAACAGUAGUGAAGUUCGUGUUCGCGAGUUUGUACAAAAACUUAGCGAAACGUAUCGGCGUGAAGUUGACAAAUGAAGGUGUGGAGCGAUUUUUCCUGCAAGUCGUACGAGACACGGUGGAAUACCGCGAAAAGAACAACGUGCAGCGGAACGAUUUCAUGAAUCUUCUGUUGCAAAUCAAGAACAAGGGCAGGCUCGAUGAUCAAGAUGGCGAAUCGGUGACAGCAAAGGGCGAUGUCGGACUGACACAGAACGAGCUGGCUGCACAAGCGUUCGUGUUUUUCAUCGCCGGUUUUGAGACGUCGUCUACUACGAUGAACUUCUGCCUGUACGAGUUGGCAAUGAAUCCAGAAAUACAGGAGCGCCUCCGGGAGGAGAUCAACCAAGCGGUCGAUGAGAAUGAUGGGCAGGUGACGUACGAAAUGGUGAUGAACAAUCAGUAUCUGGACAAUGUGAUCAAUGAAACCCUUCGCAAAUACCCACCGGUCGAGUCGCUGAGUCGCGUGCCCAUGUACGAUUAUACCAUUCCCGGGACGAAGCUCGUUAUCCCAAAGGACACAUUCAUCCAGAUCCCGGUCUAUGCGAUGCAGCAUGACGAAGAGUUCUAUCCAGAGCCGGAACGAUUCAACCCGGACAGGUUCUUGCCAGAGGAGGUGAAAAAGCGUCACCCGUAUACCUUCUUACCGUUCGGGGAAGGUCCUCGGGUUUGUAUCGGAUUGCGUUUCGGUGUAAUGCAAGCUAAGCUCGGUUUAAUCACACUGUUGAGAAAUUUCCGCUUCUCGCCAACCUCGCGGACUCCGUCACAAAUCGUAUUCGAUCCAAAGUCCUUCAUAAUUUCCCCUAGCACGGGUAAUUAUCUAAAGGUUGAUAAGGUUUAGGAUACGAUGCUUGCGCGUAUAGUUUUGCUUUUUUGGAAAUGUGUGAGCCACUACAAUCGUUUGAUAGUAAUAAAUUUUAUCAUUGGCAUUGGCUUGCAACAGAAGAAGCCU